UUGGCGCGUUUAUGUGGUGUUUUUGAUCAUGUUUAGCUGUUUAACAUCAACUCCUUGCCCUCUAUGAUUGCAGCAGAGACAGAGUGAAAGUAAUUUGGAUGAUUUUUUUUUUUCUUACACCACUUCAGCUGUUUGGAGAAGCACCUGGACUUUGUGAUAUAUGUUGACAUUUUAGUGAAUAGAUUAAAUGUCAACAUGAACCAGUGGCUAGUCAUUUCAGUGUCUGCAACGUUGUUGUGGAGUUCAUUUUCACAAACACAUGAAGUUGUGUGUCCUGGUACCCAGAAUGGUCUGAGCUCCACAGGCUCUCAGGAAAAUCAGUACAACCUGAUCAAGGACCGCUAUGACGGCUGUGAGAUUAUAAUGGGAAACCUGGAAAUCACACAGAUUGAGAGCAACUGGGACUUCUCCUUCUUGAAGACAAUCCGUGAGGUGACUGGCUACGUGCUCAUCUCCAUGAAUCAUUUUCAGGAAAUUCCCUUGGAGCAACUGCGGGUCAUCCGAGGAAGCAGCCUUUACGAAAGACGCUUUGCCCUCUCUGUCUUCUUCAACUAUCCGAAGGAUGGAUCAAAUGGUUUACGGCAGCUGGGGCUCGCAAAUCUGACAGAGAUUCUGGAGGGAGGAGUACAGAUUAUUAAUAAUAAAUACCUAAGUUAUGGUCCAUGGAUCUACUGGCAAGAUAUAAUUAGGGACAGCAAUGCUCCUAUUGACAUCCGCUACAAUGGAGAGAGAGGCUUGUGUCACAAAUCUUGUGGGGAUUACUGCUGGGGGCCAAAUGAGAAGCAGUGUCAAAUCUUGACGAAGACGGUGUGCGCUCCGCAGUGCAACGGUCGUUGUUUCGGGGCCAGCCCAAGGGACUGCUGUCACAUAGAGUGUGCAGCAGGAUGCACUGGCCCUGUGGAUGUGGAUUGUUUUGCAUGUCGCCAUUUCAAUGACUCUGGAGCCUGCGUUCCUCAAUGUCCACAAGCUCUCAUCUAUAACAAGCAGACCUUUCAGAUGGAAACCAACCCAAAUGCCAAAUAUCAAUAUGGAUCCAUUUGUGUCUCUCAAUGCCCCACUCAUUUCGUGGUAGAUGGUAGCUCAUGUGUGAGCGUCUGUCCUCCAGACAAGAUGGAGGUGGAAAGAGAGGGACAGAGGCGCUGUGAGCCUUGCAGUGGACUCUGCCCAAAAGUAUGUGAAGGCACAGGUGCAGAACACAGGCAGACUGUGGACUCCAGUAACAUUGACAGUUUCAUCAACUGUACCAAAAUCCAAGGAAGUCUCCACUUCCUGGUCACGGGGAUUCUUGGCGAUGACUUUAAGAAGAUCCCACCUCUGGAUGCUAAAAAGCUGGAAAUCUUCCGCACUGUAAGAGAAAUAACAGAUAUUCUAAACAUCCAGUCCUGGCCAAAAGAGCUCAGUGAUUUGUCAGUCUUUUCGAGUCUCACCACCAUUCAGGGGAGGUCACUCUAUAAGCGCUUUUCCCUGAUGGUGAUGCACAUCCCCACUCUCACCUCUCUGGGUCUGCGCUCUCUUCGAGAGAUCAGCGAUGGUAGCGUGUACAUCAGUCAGAAUGCCAAGUUGUGCUACCUCCACACUGUGAACUGGACCAAGUUGCUCAAAGGCCACAAAGUCCAGGUCAACAGCAUCAACACCAACAGGCCGCUGGUAGAAUGUGUUGCAAAGGGGCAUGUGUGUGAUACGCUGUGUUCAGACUCCGGUUGCUGGGGCCCAGGUCCCAACGAGUGUCUCUCCUGCAAGAACUACAGCCGAAAUGGCACUUGUGUGGACAGCUGUCAUUUUUAUACUGGAGCAUCAAGGGAAUUUGCCAGGCCUGACGGAGAGUGUGUUGCCUGUCAUUCAGAGUGCAAAGCUCAGCAUGGAAAGUCCAGCUGCACUGGACCGGGUGCAUACGAGUGUGUGGCAUGUGCCAACCUCCGCGAUGGUCCAUACUGCAUGUCCUCUUGCCCAGCUGGGGUGAAUGAUGGACAGAGAGGACUCAUCUUCAAAUAUCCCAACAAGGAAGGUCACUGUGAACCAUGUCACCAAAAUUGCACCCAAGGAUGCUCAGGUCCACAACUCAGUGAUUGUUUUGAGACUGUCAGACUGGCGGCCAGCAGUGGCCAGAUCACAGGCAUCGCUCUAGGUGUGCCAGCUGGCUUGAUAUUCUGCCUCGUGUUGUUUUUCCUGGGCGUGCUGUACCAUCGAGGCCUGGCCAUUCGCCGCAAGAGAGCCAUGAGGAGGUACCUAGAGAGCGGCGAGAGUUUUGAGCCACUGGGUCCCGGGGAGAAAGGAACCAAGGUUCACGCCCACAUCCUGAAGCCAUCAGAGCUAAAAAAGCUCAAAGUACUCGGGUCGGGUGUUUUUGGCACAGUGCACAGGGGGUUUUGGACUCCAGAAGGAGAGACAGUAAAGAUCCCGGUGGCCAUCAAGACCAUUCAGGACAGCUCAGGUCAUCAAACCUUCACUGAGUUAACCAAUCACAUGCUCUCAAUGGGCAGCCUGGACCACUCCUACAUUGUGAGGCUUCUGGGAAUAUGUCCAGGGUCCAGUCUUCAACUGGUGACUCAGCUGAGUUCACUGGGCUCCUUAUUGGAGCACAUCAAGCAGCACAGGAACAGCCUGGGCCCUCAACGCCUUCUCAACUGGUGUGUGCAGAUUGCCAAAGGUAUGUACUACCUGGAGGAACACUGUGUGGUGCACAGGAACCUGGCGGCCCGGAACAUCCUGCUGAAGAACAACUACCAAGUUCAGAUAUCUGACUACGGUGUAGCUGCUCUCCUUUAUCCUGACGACAAGAAAUUUGUCUACACCGACAACAAGACUCCGAUCAAAUGGAUGGCUCUUGAAAGCAUCUUGUUUAGAAGAUACACCCAUCAAAGUGACGUCUGGAGUUAUGGAGUGACAGUGUGGGAGAUGAUGUCAUUCGGGGCGGAGCCUUACGGUUCCGUGCAGCCGCAGGCAGUGCCAGGCCUGCUGGAGAAAGGCGAACGUCUGUCACAACCUCACAUCUGCACCAUAGAUGUCUACAUGGUCAUGGUCAAAUGUUGGAUGAUUGAUGAAAACAUAAGGCCCACCUUCAAAGAGCUGGCAAGUGACUUUACGCGCAUGGCGAGAGAUCCACCCAGGUACCUCGUCAUCAAGAUGGAAGGACAAGACAUCCAUCGCAGAGAUUCUGAGCAAGGACUGCUUGACCCAGAUUUGGUCGAUGGCGAUGAGGAAGGAUUGGAGGAAGGUUUAGCCACACCUCCUCUGCAACACUCUCCAUCAUGGAGCCUCUCUCGCUCCAGGAUUAAUUCCUAUAGGAGUGGUGCAUCUCAGGCCGGCCCUGGUGGAUACCUACCAAUGACUCCAAGUCCUGUAGAAAGCAUUCGCCAGUUGUGGUUCCAGAAGUCCCGUCGGAGCUCUGUGAGAACACUGCCAGAGAGGUCAGAGAUCAGAGGGAGUGGUAGGGAGCCAGAGCUGCCUGAGGAAGACUUAAGGACUGCAGGUGCUCCUCACAGGGUUCGGCUUGGCUCCGAAAGAGGUCCUCCCCGUGUAUCCAUCAGCCGGCACAGGAAGCUUUCAACAGCAUCAAGUCCAUCCUCAUACAUGGUGUGGACGGCAGGCGAGGAGGAAGAAGAGGAGGAGGAGGAGGUGGACCACUAUGGUUACGUACUUCCUGGGUCACUCGGCACUCCGCAGAGAGCCUGCAAAGUCAACCAUUGUGGGCAGAGAACCUCAAGGCUAACAAAGAUUAAUCUGCCACUCUCUGUGAAAACUACGCCCAUGGAAUAUGAGGUGAUGAGCCACACUCACUCCACUAGAGACGUCUCCUCACAGAAUGACACCCCAUUGGUGACUCACGGAACCUCACCGGUGCCUUCUCCAAUUGUCAAGACACCGUUACCUGUAGAGGACGUGGCCAAUGAGGACACACUGAUUCCAGUUGUAGAGAGUCAGCAGGUAAAUGAGGACUGUGGUGGCAAAAAACACUCAACUGAGAAAAAUCACCUCAGUAUUGAAAAGCAAAUCCAAGCUAUGGAGGACUGUGUGCAGGUAGCUCAGGUAAAAGUCAGGUAUGAAUACAUGGACAUCAGACGCUCUGAUUCCACAGAGGAAGAGGAGCUGCCACUGGAGAGACACGAAACAUCUGCAGCAGAGCCAAAAGAAACAGCUGAAGAAGCAGAGAGCCAAUUAGGAGAUGAAGAUACAAAUAAACAACAAAAACUUCAGGGGAAUCAAAGUUUGCACAUGCCAGGUGUGGUCACAGAUGAGGGAGAGAAGGACUAUGAGGACAUGGCCACAUUUGAAGGCAUACCCAAUGGGUGGGAGCAGGCAGACUACCAGAACCUCCGAAUAAAGGGUGAGGUGGGCGGCAGCAGGUGUGCAGGGAUCGGGGGAUACAUCAAGGUGUGCGCUGGAAUGGGCGAGCCUGGCAGCAGCUCAUCUUUUGACAACCCCGACUACUGGCACAGCAGACUGUUCCUCAAGCCAGAUGCUCUGCGUACUUAAUCAUGUGGACUGGGACUUGCACGCUCCAAUUGCUGCAACUAUAAACACGUCUCUCUCUCUCAUGUGUUUAGCUUUGUUAUUUUGUUCAGCAUUUUUCUUAGAGCAUCAAGAACCGGGAUGAAAGUCGAGUCUCAUUUCACAGUGUCAUGGUGCAUUGAAUGGGACUAAAAGCUGGAGAACAACCACAGAAUAAUGAUGAGGCAUGUAUGUAUAGCUGCAUUUGGUAUAUUUCCUUAUUGCAUGAAUAACUGCCAUUAUUUUGUAAGUAUGUAAUCUUUGUUUAGGCAAUUGAUUUAUGUGAAACGGUUUUUAUAUUGU